AUGUCUGAUAUCUCACUAUACGAGGAGGCGCGCCUAUAUACCACCAAUGCUGAGAGGGAGCGCUAUGAGUCAUUGGCUACACUAUACGGCAUCGUCGUUGCGCUAGAUUACCUUGAGCGGGCUUAUGUCCGAGAUUCGGUGACAGCAGCUGAGUACUCGCCGGCAUGUACUAGGUUGCUGUCACAGUACAAGACCAUGUUGAAGCUGGUCGGUGAUGAAGUGUCCAGUAUCGAGGGCUUCAUGAGUCGAUAUAGAAUGGACCUUCCUGCUGCAUUGCAUCGACUUCAAGUAGGCGUACCUGCUACUGUGGAACACUCCAGCGAAGCCGGUCCGGAGACAGGAAAGUGGAUCGCUGAGACUACUCAAAACUUCAUCACCUUUAUGGACGCCCUGAAACUCAACUUUCGAGCUAAGGAUCAACUACAUCCCAUGUUGCAAGAACUGGUCACAAGCUGCGCGCGGUUCAAGGGAAGCACAGAGUGGGAAGGUCGGAGUAAGAUGGUCGGAUGGUUGAUUACGCUCAACGGCAUGAAAGCAUCCGAAGAGCUCACUGAAGAGCAAACACGUCAAUUACUCUUUGACGUCGAUCAUGCGUAUGCAGAGUUCUUCAGCUACCUGAAGAAACAAGAUGGCGGCGGCUAG